AUAAAAUUGAUAAUAACCAAGAACAUAAUUUUAAAUCAAUGAAAAUAGAAAAAAAUGAAUGUCAUAAAAUAAGAGUUGAAGUAUUUGUUAAAGAACAAAAUUGUAAUCCAGAAAACGAAUUAGAUGAAUAUGACGAAUCUCCUUCAUGUCAUCAUUUUCUAGCUCUAAAAUCAUCCCUUCCCAUUGGUACUAUCCGAAUACAUCCUUACCCUUCUCCUACCUCCACAACUGGUAAGAUAGGUCGAUUAUCAGUUUUGAAACCAUAUCGUAACAUGGGAGUAGGUGAAUUACUUCUCCGAACUGUAGAGUCGUUUGCAAAAUCUGAAUUAGGGUUCAAGGAAUGUAUGUUACAUGGUCAAAUUUUUAAAAAAGAAUGGUAUGAAAAAAGAGGAUAUACAGCUUUUAAUGAAAUUUUCAUUGAAGAAGGAAUAGAACAUUGUAAGAUGAAAGGUAUAUGUUUAAAUAGAAAAAAAAUGAAUGUCAUAAAACAAGAAGUAUUUGUUCAAGAACAAAAUUAUGAUGAUAACGAAGCAGAUGAACGA